GCGGGUGACACGAAGUCGGAAUGACGUCCGAAGCAAGUUUCCCCUACUUAGCCGCUGUGGCACCCCACCACCGAAUAUUGCACGCGAUCUCCCUAUCGGCUCGCUCUUCGUCAAGUCUUUUGAUCCAGUAGCGUCGCUAACUCCAACAAGCAGCGUGCGAAGUUUGUACCCGCCCACCCUCGCGUUGAAUGUGUCUGGUUAUGUCCGGCUGCUCCUCCAGACCCUCGGUGCUGACUUCACGGCCACAGCCAGACUUUCGUCGCCCGUCUCUGCGAGCAGGCUGAGCGUUACGACGAUAUGGUUACCCAUCUGAAGGAAAUCGUCAAGAUGGGCGGUGAGCUCAGCGUCGAUGAGCGGAAUCUUUUGAGUGUUGCUUAUAAGAACGUGAUCGGCGCGCGCCGUGUCAGCUGGCGCAACAUCUCCGCGAUCGAGCAAAAGAAGGUGUCCAGGGGCAGCCGGAAGCACAUUUCUACCAUCCGCGAAUACCGCCACAGGAUUGAGGACGAGCUGGAGAAGGUCUGCCGGGAUGUGGUAGAGGAGCUAGAUGAGAGACUGAUUCCAAGCGCCUCGACAGGAGGCUCCAAGGUUUUCUAUCACAAGAUGAAGGGUGACUACUGUCGUUAUCUGGCCGAGUUCGCGUCGGGCGAGAAGCACAACGUGGCCGUCACGUCUGCCCACAUGGCCUACAAGACUGCCGUCGAUGUUGCUCGCACCGAGCUCACUCCCACUCAUCCCUUGCGCCUGGGCUUGGCUCUCAAUUUCUCCGUCUUCUACUACGAUAUCCUGAACUCGCCAGAUCUUGCUUGCGAUCUGGCCAAGCAGGCGUUUGAUGAUGCCAUUGACGAGCUCGACUCCUUGACCGAGGAGUCGUAUCCUGGCAGCACACUAGUCAUGCAACUCCUUCGUGACAAUCUGGCCCUUUGGACGUCUUCGGAUAAUGAUGAGCUGGAGCUUCCUUGCUGAGGGUCCAGAAGACGAGGCUACGGCGGCAGCAUGAGUACUUGGCUUGUGUGGUGGAGGAUGUGUCUGGGAGAACCAUUGUCCAGUAGUGUGCAACAUCAAAGAAUAUGCCUGCGCCAAAGCCCCGCUCAAACCGAUACAUCACUGCGGCUCGGAGUCUGCUCCGUAAGCUUGAGGAAUAAAUUCUCACACAUGGCGAUAUUUGUUUGUAGCUCAAACCGCUCCUCCAGAAGGAAUCGAUUUUUUGCUUCCUGAAAUGAAAUAUAUUCCGUCAAGCGACGCAGUGUGUCCUGCCGUCUAAG